CAUAGUACAGGAGAUGACCAGAGACUGCGGACAUAGUACAAGAGAUAGACCAGAGACUGCGGACACAGUACAGGAGAUGACCAGAGACUGCAGACAUAGUACAGGAGAUGACCAGAGACUGCAGACACAGUACAGGAGAUGACCAGAGACUGCGGACAUAGUACAGGAGAUAGACCAGAGACUGCGGACAUAGUACAGGAGAUGACCAGAGACUGCGGACACAGUACAGGAGAUGACCAGAGACUGCGGACACAGUACAGAAGAUGACCAGAG